UAUAUAGACAAAGAGAGAGAAAGACAGCCCGAUGGUAAUAACAUUUCUUAACUCAAGCCUCUCUCUCUUUCUUCGUGUCUCUUUCUCUCCCCUCUGGUCUUCGUUUUUCCGAUUAUCUUUCGAUUAUCUGAUCGAUCGAUUCUGGGAAAUUAGAGAAGAUGGAGUCUCAUGAUGAAACAGGAUGCCAAGCACCUGAACGCCCUAUUCUUUGCAUUAACAGCUGUGGUUUCUUUGGAAGGGCUGCAACGAUGAAUAUGUGUUCCAAAUGCUACAAGGAUAAGCUCAUGCAGCAGGAGCAAGUCAAACUUGCGGCCUCAUCAAUAGGAAGCAUAGUGAACGGCAGCUCUAGCAGCAGUGAAAAGGAGCCUGUUGUUAGGGGUGCGGUGGAUGUGCAGGCUGAACCAGUGGAGAGAAAGAUCCUUUCAACAGAACCAUCAAGUGAUUCAUCCAUAAGCAACUUUGUUCAGAUGCCUAUGAAAGAGGGAUCCACUAGAUGCACAACUUGUCGAAAGCGUGUUGGUUUAACCGGCUUUAAUUGCAAGUGCGGAAACCUGUUCUGUGCAAUUCAUCGCUAUUCUGAUAAGCAUGAUUGCCCCUUUGAUUAUAGGUCUACUGCCCGGGAUGCUAUUGCCAAAGCCAACCCUGUUGUGAAGGCAGAAAAGCUUGAUAAACUUUAGGAUUCAUAUUUGGAAAAUUGGAGUAUGAUGCUCCUUUCUCUAUCCAUGUGUCUUUAUAUAAGUUGGCUGCUUGUCAUGUACGUGUCCUUCACUGAUAAAAAUGGAUGAAGUCAUGGUAGUGAGGACAUCUUUAGGAGAAGACUAUUGUGAGGAACUGAGGAUUCCUUUAUUGGCUCUAGUUUGGUGUUACUUGUAAUGUUAAAUCCGUCGGCUGCGCGGUUAUUUGGUAGAACAUUGAAAAAUGGUACUCCGUUUCCAAUGGCGUGUAUAUGCAAUAUUGUGUGCACUU